AUGGCAGACAUCGAACAUCAACAAUCCUCCAGUAAACGCAUUCAUAACGAACAUGCCAAAGUUUCUUCGCAAAAAAGACGUGACAAGGAAAAGGAAAAUAGCGAAAAACUCCGUGCAUCACUCUUACCCACACCAUAUGCAAGUAAAAAUGUGACCAAGGCAGACUUACUACUAAAUGCUGCAUUAUGCAUAAAUCGUUUAAGUGAAGAAAACAAACGUUUAAAUAAAGAAAAGGAAGAAUAUUGCAAUAACAUCAAAAGGUUGCUUACUUUAAAUGGUGAAAGGGAAAUACUUAUUAAUAAAAGGGAAUAUGUUCUCAACGAAGUGAAUAUUGAUGAAGUGGUUAGGUUGAGUGGUAAAAUAGAAAUACUUGACAAUGAAUUAAAUAAGUUAAAUGUACUUUUUAACGAAGUAAUUCACAAGUAA